AUGGGAGAUGCUAAAAGUACUUCAAUUCCCUUAGGAGGUCAAUUUUCACUCACUAAAGAGCAAAGUCCGAGCUCUACAGAACUCAUCGAAGAAAUGAAGAAUGCCCCUUAUGCUAUGGCUCUUGGCUGUUUAAUGUAUAUUAUGGUUAGUACUAGACCUGAUCUAGUUCACUCACUUAGUAUAUUGAGCAGGUUUAUGGCAAACCCGGGUAUGGAACAUUGGAAAGCUCUUAAAUGGUUGUUAAGGUACCUAAAGGGUACAUGGAAUUAUGGAUUAGUUUAUGAGAAGACUAAAGAUGAAAUGCAUUUAACAGGCUUUGUUGAUGCAGACUAUGCCUCAAACAAAGACACAAGGAGAUCAACUACUGCAUAUUCUUUUAUGAUGAAUAACAGCUGCAUAUGUUGGAAAUCACAGCUUCAAUCAGUAGUGGCCUUAUCUACAACAGAAGCACAGUUUAUGGCCACCACAGAAGCGUUUAAAGAAGCAGUAUGGCUCCAAGGAAUAAUGCAAGAGCUUAAACAGAUCAAGCACUCGACUAUCAUCUAUUCAGAUAGUCAAUCCUCAAUCCACUUUUGCAAGAAUCCAGUAUACCAUGAAAAGAGCAAACAUAUUGACAUUAGAUUGUACUGGAUCAGGGAGAAAAUCGAAGAAGGAACCAUUGAAUUGGAGAAAAUAAGAACUGAGGAAAACCCAGCUGAUAUGGGAACAAAGGUGGUGUCAAUAAGCAAGUUUAAGCAUUGCCUGAACUUGCUCAACUUAAGAGCUUGA